AUGCUUUUCGGCGCCUCAGACACACCAAGACGCACGCGACGUGCCACCAUUUCCGUUGGCGGGCAGGGAACCUACAGCCGGCUUGUCCUGAUGAGGCCAGGCGCAAAUGCCAUCCAGCUCCCGGUCUGCAUGUGCGCCGCAGCGAGCGUCACUUUUCGGUGGGGAACGGAGAGGUAG